GUUAUCAACUGUACUGCAGGGAUGGAACAUAAGUCACUGAAUAUUGGUGGCAGCUGCAAAGAGUUAUUUGGGUCAGAAGAGUUACAAGGUGUUAAUUGGUGGUGUCCCAACCUUUUAGGCUGUUGGCUUGAGGUAGGAUUAAAAAUAUGUAUUUAGUGGAGUAGGGUUAGAUGGUAGGGUAUGUGUUGAUUUAUGUAUUUUAUGAUUAUUUAUUUUAAGUAUAAGGAGUAUACUCCAGUCUAGUAGGUGGCGGCAAUGCAACAUUUGUUGGAUGCCAACCGCCGUAAAACCUAAUCGAAGAAGAUACCAUAGUAUUGGGAGAAUCCUGCCUCCUCUUUCACAAGUGCGACUAUAGCUAGCUAGUUACGGUAGUGCCAGCUGGAGCAGCCAUGGAUCCAAGCACCACUAUUCUCCGGGUGAAAAGAAAGAGAGGAACUGACCCUGCCGAUGCGUUGCUGCUUGCCUGUAAACGUAUUCGGCCAGAGACCACAUCCCAGACCGCUGGGGAAACUGUGCCUGAGCCCGAUGAUGUAGAGGUUGAGAAUUCAGUCUUCAAACUCGUGGCAACCGUAGCGUCACAGGAUGCCCCAGUCCAGACACAGGUUCGUGAAGCACUGGCCCGCCCCCGCAUGGCCCACGCCCUGCGCCCGUCAGGCAGCUCCCAGAGGAUUGUGGGAGAUCUGCGGAGCGUAAAGUGGAGCACCAGGCGGGAGGAGCGAUACAGGAUCCUCUCCAGCCAUCGAGCAGGGAUGCCUGCAGAACAGUCCCCCUCAACGCAGCCAGAGCCCACAGAGGAGCCAGGGAAAAAUGCCUGGAGCCUGGGUGAAGUUCAGGUGUUUGACAUCAUCCAGGAAGAUGGGGACCCGGACAAAGCACCUAGAAAGUUGCUGACCCCUGACCCAGAGACGAUCCUGUGUAACUCGAUGAAGAUGCUCCGUGAGAAGCUGAGUGUGUCUGGAGAGGGUGUGGGUGUUGAGCAUCGUGAACGGGAGGACGACUACGUGUAUGACCUUUACUACCAGGAAACAGUCGCUGCAGGCUGGAUCCAGGACAUCCUGUCCGUCAGGCCCUACUCAGACGAGGGAGAGUUGGUGCCUGACUUGGUGGUGAAUGAGGAAGUGUAUGAGAAUGAAGAGGGGAACUGGAGGAAUGACUACCCAGAUGAGGAUGGCAGUGACAGAGAGGAGCGCUAUGGAGGGUCCUGGGAAGAGCACUCAUACAGUCGGAGAUCCUGGGACCAAUACCAGGGCGAGGUGAUGCAGGAGUUAGAUGAUGAUGAUGAUAAUGGAGACAAGGAUGACUCUGACUGAUCUCCAACUUUGAGCAUUGGUGGUUGUCUUUUUUUACUGUGCAAGUGUUGGUGUGAAUGUGUGGUAGAUGUGUCGCACAUAACUAUGGUGUGCUUCUGGUUUAACUUGUAUGUUGGUGAGAUGGUUUGGACUGCGUGUUUGCAUGUUGUGCAUGGUAGUACGUACGUGUAAGCGUAUGGUAGUGAUUGUGCAUCUGAAAGUGUGAUACUAUGUGUGGGUCUACAUUCCCUGUCACACGGGAGCUUGUACUCUUGAUGUGUGAUGAAAGUGACUCCAAAUCCCUUCUGUAAAUAUGUAGAUGUGUAUAAAAUAAAGCUUUCAAAAUAAAUGUAAGAC